AGUCGUACUUUGGAUUUCCCUGUGGCUAUAACAGAGUAUUUGGAAGGCCAGAGUAGUACUAGUAAAAGGGGGUGGGGCACAUUCGAGAGGGAUAUAAUUGUGGAGGUGCCAUUGUAAUUGAGUGUAAUGUAUCGGAGCAUACACUUGUGUAUAUCCCUGCGUGGAGGGGAGGCAUCUCAUCUCUUAAAGAGCCCGCUCCCACAGUCAGUGAGUCGGUGAGUGAGUCAGUCAGUGAGUCGGUGAUUGAGUGCAGCAGACACGUGACGAGCCUGGGCAUCGGACUGUCACAUCGGGAAGCGUCACUCUCUCACCUGAACUGGAUGGACAUUUCCCAGCCCGGGGGGUUUUCUCUGUGAGUCUGUGAGUCGAUGUUCCACCCCUCGCAAAGCUUUGUCUGUUCAGCAUUUCAUGGAGAAGCAGCAGCAGAAGCAGCAGCAGCAGAGAGCGGCAGGACACACACGUCUCCUCUAUUGAGUGGCGGGCGCUAGAGUGGCGCGGACAGUCCGGGCAGAACAUGAGGACACACAUUUGCCUUCACUCACGGAACUUACUUUAGGGAUGAGAGUUCUGUCCACCUGCGGCCAACGACUGCUCUAACUUCUCUCUGCUGAAUCCACUUGUCUCUCACACACCUGCCCGACUUCCCCCUCACAGACUCCGGCGCCCCAGCUCGUUCCUCCUCAGCACCCUGAUUCCGGCAGAGCUCUGAAGGCCGGCACUAGCCAUGCAAGUGUCUAUAGCUUGUACAGAGCACAAUCUGAAGGGCCGCAAUGGGGAUGACCGGCACAGCAAGCAGAACUCCAGCGGCCCCAACGUGGUGAAUUCGGCCAGAGCCCGGUUCCGCACAGUCGCCAUCAUCGCCCGAAGUCUGGGCACCUUUACUCCUCAGCACCAUAUCUCUUUAAAGGAAUCUACCGCUAAACAGACUGGCAUGAAAUAUAGGAAUCUUGGAAAAUCAGGACUCCGAGUAUCGUGCUUGGGACUUGGGACGUGGGUAACAUUUGGAGGCCAGAUUUCCGAUGAGGUGGCUGAACAGCUCAUGACCAUUGCCUAUGAAAAUGGAGUAAACCUGUUUGAUACAGCUGAAGUGUAUGCCGCAGGGAAGGCUGAAAUCAUAUUGGGAAAUAUCAUCAGAAAAAAGAACUGGAGGAGAUCAAGUCUGGUCAUUACUACAAAAUUAUACUGGGGAGGAAAAGCUGAAACAGAAAGAGGCCUGUCAAGAAAACAUAUUAUUGAAGGAUUAAAGGCCUCUCUGCAAAGGAUGCAGCUGGAAUAUGUAGAUGUUGUAUUUGCAAAUCGCCCAGACAAUAAUACCCCAAUGGAAGAAAUAGUCCGAGCGAUGUCCUAUGUAAUCAAUCAGGGCAUGGCGAUGUACUGGGGAACAUCCCGUUGGAGUGCAAUGGAGAUUAUGGAAGCCUAUUCUGUAGCCAGGCAGUUCAACAUGAUACCCCCAGUAUGUGAACAAGCAGAAUAUCACCUUUUCCAAAGAGAGAAAGUGGAGGUGCAGCUGCCAGAGCUCUACCAUAAAAUAGGGGUAGGAGCAAUGACUUGGUCUCCUCUUGCUUGUGGAAUAAUCACCGGGAAAUAUGAAAAUGGCGUUCCUGAGAGUGCAAGGGCAUCACUUAAGUGCUACCAGUGGUUAAAAGACAAAAUAAUAAGCGAAGAGGGACGUAAACAGCAAACAAAACUCAGAGAUCUGAUGCCCAUUGCAGAGCGGCUUGGCUGUACUCUUCCCCAGCUUGCUGUAGCCUGGUGUCUGCGGAAUGAGGGUGUGAGCUCUGUUCUGUUAGGUUCCUCUAAUCCUGAACAACUAGUAGAAAACCUAGGAGCCAUACAGGUUCUUCCAAAGAUGACAUCUCAUAUUGUCAAUGAGGUUGACAACAUUUUGGGAAAUAAGCCAUACAGUAAAAAGGACUACCGAUCAUAAGACACUGCACGAACAAAAGGACUGCAUGGUUAUAUUAGUGCCCUGUAUAUAGUACUGGAACACUAGCAAGUGGCUUUUCCAGUUACCUGCUGUAUAUCUACUGUAUCAUGUCAGAGGAUUCUGCCAUAGAAUGCUUCAACCUAAAAGCACAUACAAUCAAUGACUAAUUCUUUUAUGUCCUUUGUAGUUUAAGUUCUUUCUGUAUAUAGGGGCAGUAAUACUGCACUACAAGUUGCAACCUUUACAAAUAUUUAUAUAGAUAGUCCCAAAUCAUUUCAGCACCUGGGAGUUGGCACUUUCAGGUCUAAUUGGGUGGACCUCACUUGACCCCAUUCUCCAAACCACUUCAUAUAUUGUUUUUUUCUCCUUGGACCAGCCACCCACACACAAUCAUUUUACUCCCAACCUGCAAACCACCUCCCACUAUGAAAGGGGUGAUGUCAUAAACACAGAAGUGAUGUCAUUUGAGGGUAGAAGCCUGGAUAAUGUGAAAAGGCUGAUUUUUUAAAAUAGCUCAAAAUACUCUACCAGAUCCAGCAGGCAAACUGCCACUGCAGUCACCCUGUACUCAAAUUGAACUACUCGCUACACGCUGCACAUACCCAUGGUCACAUAAAUCACAUAAAUUGUUCUUGGACUCUCUCUAAGAGUUCCUUGGAAUUCCUAACUUCAACGCCAGGGUCUGAUAUAUAUAUAUAUAUAUAUAUAUAUAUAUAUAUAUAUAUAUAUAUAUAUAUAUAUAUAUAUAUAUAUAUAUAUAUAUAUAGAUAGACCCUAACAUACUGUAACUCAUGGUUCCCCAACCUUUUUUUUAUCUGUGAGCCACAUUCAAGAGUAAAAAGAGUUGGGGAACAACGUAAGCAAGAAAAUAGUUCCUGGGGGUGCAAAAUAA